AUGGUAGAAGACAGUGAAAGACAUGGUAGACCAGUUGCUUACUGCUAUCUCAAAUCUGAAAAGAAGGAAAAUAUUUCAUCAGCAAUUAGACAUUUUUGUAAACUCAAUGACACUUCAUCAACAACAGUAGCUAUGGUUGACAAAGACUUGACAGAGAUAUCAGUAAUAACAGAACAAAUCAAAGAUAUAAAGAUUUUAUUGUGUACUUUUCAUGUAAUGAAAUAUUUCAAGAAAAAGGUUAGUGAAUUAGAAAUCAAACGUGAUAGGAAAUCUAGUUUAAUGUUUCUUCUUUCAAAACUUGUUUAUUCGCCCACAGCAUCUGAUUACAAUGAAAAUUAUUCUGUUUUGCAAAAAGAAUUUCCUGAGUUUAUAGAUUAUUUUGACACAAACUGGCAUAGCUGUAAGGAGAUGUGGGUCCACCAUUUUAGGACAACAACCAAAUUCCUAGGAAAUCACACCAACAAUAAAGUGGAAAGCCACAACCAGAAACUUAAGACGUAUAUCAAGAGAAAUUCACACUUGUCAGAAUCAAUUAAGGGACUAUUUCGCUUCAUAAAAGAUUCUUUUGACUCCAUAGCUAAAUCAACUUUCAACACACUAAAAACAAGAGUAGAUUACAAGAAACUUAACUCAGUAAGUGAUAUAAUUGUUAAUUCCUGUGUAAAAGCUGCAUAUGAUCUUAUUCGACCACAACUUGAAAAACAUUCUGAAAGAGAUUUUGACAUCCGUCUGAUUGAAAAUACUGAAAAGUUAGAAGUUACAUACCAACACAAGACAUAUUAUGUAGACAGAAAUAUGGAACAGUGCUCCUGCACAUUUUAUACUAUAUAUUGUUUACCAUGCCAACACAUCUUUGCUUGUAGAAAACAUUUAGGAGUGGAGUUAUUUAUACAAUCCCUUAUACCAUCCAAGUGGCAACUCAAUAGUAAGUUUGAUUUUGAACAAGAGCAGGAGGAAUCACCAUUACAAAACAUUGUGCUAGUUAAAAGGGAAACUGAAAGUACCAAAAAAGUAGAACCAUUAACAGAAAGAGAAAAAUACAACAAAGCAAUGGAAAUUUUGAAAGAUAUGGCAUCAUUUUUAGCUACUUGUGGACAGGAAGAAUUCAUUGAAAAAAUUUAA